GCGAGUGUGCGUGCGUCGGUGAAUCAUUGUCAUUCGCUCUUUUUCUCUGAAACCCGGUGUCUGAAAGUCUGAACUUUACGUCGAGAAAUUUCUUAAAAGACAUAACAUCGUUUGAAAGUUACUCAGUGACCUCCUCCGACUUUUAGCAGCCGGUUGAUUUCUAAAACUUGAAGGAUCUUCUGUUCCACCCGGGCUCGUGUUUCAUCCGCUGAAGUCGCGCUAACAUCUGCCUUUAAACACAUUGCCAUGGCGAAAGAGGAAGCUUCCCCAACCAAAGUUCAAGAAACAGCCACAGUACCCCCCACGGAGACUGACAAGGACUUGAAAUGUGAACUCAAAAGUAAAAUUGAAACUCCAGCUGCAGAAAUUAAAAGCAAUGGUGCUGAAUCAGUGGCUGAUGAAAAGUCUGAGUCUACAAAUGGCGAGAAGAUCAGCUCCGAGUCUACAAAUGGUAAAGAGGCUAACGGUGAUGCUAAGGAAGUAAAUGGCACUGAAGAAUCUGAGAAGAAAGUCGAAGAAAAGUAUCAUGAAUCGCCUACAAAAAAUGAGGCUUAUAUCCUUCUAGCUCAAGGUAAGCGUCACUAUUUAGUAAAGGACUACGCAUCUGCUGUAGCAACAUUGGGUGACUGCUGUGCCAAGUUCUCAGAAAUAUUUGGUGAACUUGCGGACGAAUGCGGUGAUGUUUAUUUCAGCUACGGGAAGGCAUUGCUGGAACUUGCCAGAGAAGAGAGUGGUGUACUAGGGCCAGCCAUUGAGAAAGACAAGGAGGAAAGUGGGGAGGAUGAAGAAGAAGAGGAAGAAGAUGGGGCUGAAGGAGAUGAAGAGGACAGCGAGAAGGAUGCUGAAAAGGAUGGAAAAGAUGCCAGCAAAGACACCAAAAAUGAUGCUGAAAUGGACACCAGUGCUGAUGCCAAAAAGGAUGCUGAAGAAAAGCCAGAAGAAGGAAAAGAAGGAACCAGCAAGGAAACUGUUGAGAAUGGUGAGAGUGCCAAGGAAGGCGGAGCUGAAGGUGAAGAUGUAGAGAAAGAAGUAGAAGAAGACGCUACAAACCUCCAGAUUGCUUGGGAAAUGCUCGAGCUAGCCAAAACUAUUUAUGAAAGGCAGAAAUCAGAUGAAAAACUAGCGGAUACACUUUUAAAAUUGGGUGAGGUUAGUUUAGAGACAGAAAAUUAUGAACAAGCAAUUGAAGAUAUGUCCAAGAGCUUGGAUCUGCAGCAAAAAAUCUUGAGCGCAGACGACAGAGGAGUGGCUGAAACAUACUUUCAAUUGGGAGUUGCGUGUUCUCUAGCUAAUUUCCAUGAUAGAUCUAUUUCGUACUUCAAGAAAGCCAAAGAAGUGCUUCAAUUAAGGAUCAAGAACUUGAAGGGCAAGACGGAACCAGACGAGAAGGAUAAAGUGAACGCAUUUUACAGCCUGGAUGGGGAGAUCAAGGAAAUUGAGAGCAUCAUCCCGGAGAUAGAUGAGAAAAUAGCUGACAUGGAAGAUUUCAAAGCAGAAACCCUGAGAGCCAUUAGUGCUUCUAUAAUUCCCAGUAAAGCAAAAGAAGGUGAAAGUUCCUCUUCCUCAUCCUGCAAACCCGCAAUGGAUAUCUCGCAUCUCAUCCGAAAGAAGCGGAAACCUGAGGAAGAGGCUGAAGGGUCUGAGUGUAAAAUUAAAAAAGCAGCCCCUGAGGUCACUGAAACCGAGAAAAAAGAAGGUGAGUCAAAGAGUGAACCCGUUUCCACCGAUGCAGAAAUGAAAGAAGUUGGAUCCAAUUCAGCUUAAUUAUAUCACCCAGUGGACAAGCUCUGAGAUUCUCCACUUUCUUUAAAUAAUUCCUCAUACACUAGUUCUAAUUAUUGUCUUUCAGAAUCGAUGUUAAUCAUGCAUUCAUUAAAUUAUUUAACUAGAUUAUCAAAUUGUAACUGUUUCUCUGUAAAUAUAGGUGUAAGUGAAAUUAGGAAAUGAAAAACAUGCACCCAUGUCUUUUUAGAUAGGAAGGGUCGAUACAGUCAAAUUUUUUAUUUUAAUUUAAGCUCUCUGACUGCAGUAUUUUCAAAUAAAUUAUGAUUGAUAUUUAAGGUAAAUUCAAUUAAUGUUUUUAAAAACUGUAAAAAUAUGGUUUUGUAAGGUUGUCUUUUAUCCCAUCUCCCUUAAAUGUGUGAAUCAGCUAAAAAAUAAUAUCCGUACUCUUCAUUCACUUUCAGCUGUUUUAGGUGUACGAAACAGUAGCAAGCUUCCAAUUCAUUUUAUUAUAAACUUUAAUGUGUACCUUGUAAAAUACUUUUUUUUCACACUGUCAUCUUUUAGAUCUAUGUCCCUGUUUCUUACCUGUAAAAUUUCUUCUGACAUUAAAAGCACAUAUUAUGUUGGUCAAGGGUUCAAAAAGCCUUCUCUAAUUGAAUAGUUUUUAAUCAAAGCUGCAUUGCAUAAUGGUGGCUUUUUUUGCAUUUAACUUGUGCUAGAUGCAUAUUUUUAAUGAAUGAAUGUAAAUUUAAUGUUUCAAAAAGUAAACAAGAAUUUUUGCUGACAAGGUUUCACAAAAGAAAUCUAACAAAUAGAUCAGUAUUUUGUCAAUUAUCUGUAAUUUUUUCACUUUCCUGUUGGGGGUAUUGUCUUUAUAAGCUUUUAUUCUCUGAUCCAAUUCAAUUUACGUAUAAUCCUUUUCCUUUCAAAAGGACAGGACUCAUUUUCAUCACAAUAUUCGCCUUUGCAUGUGACAAGGUUUAUUUUAAUGGUGUUCCAUGGUUGAGGAUUUGAAAUGAUCCCUUGCACACAUUCUUUAUCAGUUGAGUCGUUCCGCAAAACCAUCAUUUUCAAUUUAUUUUUAAACCAUCCCUGUAAUGCUGAAUAGGAUUUUUGUACUUUUACUCUCUAUGCUGAUUGUAAGUUUUGCACAGAUGAUGAAACACACAAUGGGUCUUUUUAACAUUUGAAAAAAUUGGUUACACCGGAUAUUAUAUUAACACGUGAAGAAGUGUAAAUAGUUCAUUAUUAUUUCUGAUAAAUUCCUAAGACUGGACGGAUAUUUCUCUAAAGUACGUUGCUAUUGUUCAAAAGUCAUUUAAAAUUAGUGCUUACUACUAAGAAGCAAUAAAACUUGCACUUUAUUAAUUUAACAACCCUAUUCUUGACCCAGAAAUUUUGAAAAUCAAGUAUCAACUCUGUAUAAGACUCAAAACUGUGAAAGAAGUAAACGUAUUAUUUCCCCCAUUCCUCAUGAGGUCUCUGUAGCGUGUAGUUUUAUACCAUUGCUGAUUUUUCCUGCAGCUGUAUUUUUUUAAUCAUGAAAAUAAUUUGUUCCUUUUCUGAUCAAUAAAUGUCUUCACUUUUUCA